UUGGCGCCCAGCUGCUCUGCGGCGCACACUAACAUCACUGGGACAGUGUAACCAAUCUCCGGCGGAUCUGGCCGGACUCCUAAAGUGAGCUCUGAAGAUCCAAGGGCGGCCCGAGCGUUCCGAGUUGCUCUGGAGACGUUUUUCCGUACAACAACAUGGCGGCGCCCGUCAACUCUUAGAAAAGGAGAUUCCCCUUCGCCCCCCCGAAAGGGCGGUCUUUUAUGGCCACUGUUUAGGACACUUUCAGCUUUUAAGGAAUCAGUGACUUCCUUACUUGAAGGAUGUGGACUUAGUGGCUACAUCCAAGGACCAAAGCAAGAAGUUGUCAAGAGCCUGGGAAAACAGGAGGAUCAAAUUGGGAUUCCAGAAAUCAGAUCAGGUUUUAACUCUGUGGCCAAGUUGGCUGAAAAUUGGAAUGAUCAACUCUGAAAUUAAAAGGAGUUGAUAUUAAAAUGUUGUAAUUUUUCUUAGAACUUCUGUAUAUAUUGACAUAUGUGUGUUAAAUUCUCUUCAGUGUACAUGUGAGGUUUAUAUAUUUGCACAUCAGAUUUAUCUUUGUGUAUGGAAUAUAUGUUUAUUAAAAUUCAGGACAUUUAAGAUUCUGAUCUGGAAGGCUGGGUUUUACUUCUAGUCCCUAAUUCCCAGAGGCUUUUUUAAAGCAAAAGAAUGUCUGUGGUACACCAGCUGUCACCUGGGUGGUUACUGGAUCAUCUUUCUUUUAUUAACAAGAUAAACUAUCAAUUUCACCAGCAUGAUGAGCCUUGUUGCAGGAAAAAUGAGCCCACUUCUGUCCACUCUGAUUCUUUUCAAGUGGAUUCUAUAUCCUCUUUUGGAGCCCGUGCUACCUUUGUUUCUUCUGACUUUACCACUAAGACAAAGAAUGAUGACGCAGAAAAUUAUGAAACAUUUAUGCAAAAACAUGUUUUUCGGCCUGAACUGUUUGAUGUCACCAAACCUCAUAUAACUCCAGCUGUUCACAAAGAAUGCCAGCAAAGCAAUGAAAAGGAAGAUCUAAUGAAUGGUGUUAAAAAAGAAAUCUCCGAUUCUAUUAUUGGGAAGAAGCGUAAAAGAUGUGUUGUUUUCAAUCAAGGUGAAUUGGAUGCUAUGGAAUACCAUACAAAGAUCAGGGAGCUGAUUUUGGAUGGAUCUUUACAAUUAAUCCAAGAAGGUCUCAAAAGUGGUUUUCUUUAUCCACUUUCUGAAAAACAGGACAAGUGCAGUAAGCCUAUUACUUUACCACUUGAUACCUGCAAUUUGUCAGAAUUAUGUGAAAUGGCAAAGCACUUGCCUUCUAAGAAUGAAAUGGAACUUCAGACAUUACAAUUGACGGAAGAUGAUACGUCUGUUACAGAGCAGGAUUUAUUUUCACGGGUUGUUGAAAACAACUCUAGUUUUACAAAAAUGAUUACUUUAAUGGGACAGAAAUACCUGCUGCCACCAAAAAGCAGUUUUCUUUUGUCUGACAUUUCUUGUAUGCAACCACUUCUGAACUGUAGGAAAACAUUUGAUGUAAUUGUGAUAGAUCCACCAUGGCAGAAUAAAUCAGUUAAAAGAAGUAACAGGUACAGUUAUUUAUCACCACUGCAAAUAAAGCAAAUACCCAUUCCUAAACUGGCUGCUCCAAACUGUCUUAUUGUUACUUGGGUGACCAACAGACAGAAGCACCUACGUUUUAUAAAAGAAGACCUUUAUCCUUCUUGGUCUGUGGAGAUAGUUGCUGAAUGGCACUGGGUAAAAAUCACCAAUUCAGGAGAGUUUGUGUUCCCAUUAGAUUCUCCACACAAAAAGCCUUAUGAAGGUCUUAUAUUGGGGAGAGUUCAAGAAAAAACUGCUUUACCAUUAAGGAAUGCAGAUAUAAAAGUGCUCCCCAUUCCAGACCACAAAUUAAUUGUCAGUGUGCCCUGUAUUCUUCACUCACAUAAGCCACCGCUUGCUGAGGUUCUAAAAGACUACGUCAAGCCAGAUGGGGAGUGUUUGGAAUUGUUUGCUCGAAAUUUACAGCCAGGUUGGACUAGUUGGGGCAAUGAAGUUCUCAAAUUUCAGCAUGUGGAUUAUUUUGUUGCUCUGGAGUCUGGAAACUGUUAAUAUUAUCCUAAUUAAAGUGGUGGCUUCCUCAGUGUUUCCUCACCCCUUUUCCCUUCAUUCUUACUCAUUUUUCCUUUUAUUACCAACCAGUAUGCUCAGAUAUGUAAACAGGAGUUGGUUUUUCAGUGAAGCGUCCAGAAGUGACUAGCCUUCACGUAAUUUUGAGAUGAAUUUUACUUUAGUUUCACCAAUAUUCUACAUUAUUCUAGACUCUCUACAAAUAAAGAGGUAAACAGAAAGAUGGCAAGACUAGGCUACUGAAAAAGUUCAGAAAGUAUACCCUGUGGACCAGACGUCAUAAUCCUGCCUAUCGAUGUGUUUUCUUUGGCCCAUAUUGUGGUACAAAAAAAAUUUGAACCAUCAUUCUAAAAUAUUGGGAAAUUUUACAUAAAAGUCCAGAUUUUUGCUUCUCUUUAAACACCAGAAGCUCUGGCUCCAUUGAGGCCUGUGUUCUUUCCUGGCCUCAGUCUGCAGGACCUUGUUGUGGUGGCUCACGUGGGAAGAGCCACGUGCUCUCCAGUUUACCACAGUACCACUUCCUCCAUGCUGCUUACUUGCAAGAUCGACUUGUAGAUAUGACACACAUUUGCAACCUCUUGUGCACUGUUACAUUCUGGAAAAAUCAUUCAGAGGCCUACCAAGUACUGCAUUAGUACUCUAUUAGUAUUGGUACUAAGUUUAUGUGACAUUUUUGGAGGGUCUUAAAUUGCAUUCAUGGUCACUUUUCAAGCACUUCUUAGUUUUGCUUGCUUUUCUAGAAGAAAAUUAAAAGAUAUUUCUUAUAAAAAUGUCAGAAAGUAAACCCUGUUUAUGAUUGUGAAAAAAAUAUUUAUAUUUACAGAUUUUCUACAAAUAAAUAUUUGUUUACCAA